AUGCAGGAUCUCAUCAAUUCAAGCCUUCAGGGCAUAGUUUCUGAUGAACUAAGAAAAAUUAAGGGAUUCUCACUGGAUGAAAGUUCAGCUCCAACGUGUCGUAAUGCUACUGAUGACAUGAUAUGGGAAUAUGAUGGUCUUCAGACAGCUUAUGCAGGCGACUGCGAGGAGAUUCUAUUAGAAAUGCAAAACAUAUUUUAUGAGGAUCUUGGGAGAGGAGAAAGUAGAAAAGAGCCUGAAAAAUUGAUCACAACAUGGGAUGAUGAAGAAGACGAAUAUUUGGCUCGUAUAGUGUUUGAUCACAUGCAGCUAAAUAGUGAUCAGGUUUCACCGGAGGUUUGGUGCCCCAUCUGCAAACAAGGGAAGUUUCAGGAAAAUGGCCAUAAUAUAUAUUGCAAUCGGUGUAAAUUCGAACUAAAAAGAGAGCAUGAGGUUGAUCUGAACUUCUUAAGGCUGAGGCUGGGUGAAGCUCACACAGAGCAUCUUGUUAAAGGAUGCAGACUGAAACCUGAGUUCUGCGUUGAAACUAAGUUUCAACUGACUGCAAUAUAUAUCAAGUGUCAAGGCUGCGACACAUUUGAUAUUGUCCUAUAAGCAGUCACCCCAGCUAGGGCAGGCAGAUGAUAUAUUGAUAUGUACGUACCCAACUCCCAGGUAAAGUAAACCAACUUCGUUUGCAUUUGUUAAUUAUGGCUUUACGCUGCCAUGUUUUGUAAUGGUUGUCUUGAAAAGGGUCUUUACUACAGUAACAAAAUUGUUUUAUUUCUUCUGUGAGUUUCUUGAGAAAUGUGUAGUGCAGAUAUACACCAUACCAACCACCUUUAUAUAUUGAAAAAUGGCGUUUUUCAGGAGUC